CAGGAGGAGGGUUGGGCAUGUUACACAAGGAGGGAGAACUUGUUUUGGGUUCCUUGCAGCUGGGAGACUGUUUACAAGAGGAUUCACUCGCAGAUCUUCGAUUACAAAGGGGAAGUUAAGUCAGUCUUAGGAUGGCACAUGUUUCAAUCCACUGGUUCCGCAAAGGACUUCGCCUCCAUGAUAACCCCGCCUUGCUAGCGGCAAUGAAGAACUGUGCUGAGAUCUACCCCAUCUUCAUCCUCGAUCCGUGGUUCCCCAAGAAUAUGAAAGUCAGCAUCAAUCGCUGGAGGUUUUUGAUUGAAUCAUUGAGGGAUUUGGAUGAAAGCCUCAAGAAACUGAAUUCAAGGCUGUUUGUCGUCCGUGGUCGCCCUGCAGAGGUGUUCCCGGAACUCUUUAUGAAAUGGAAGGUGACCCGGCUUGCGUUUGAAGUCGACACAGAACCCUAUGCAAAACAACGGGAUGCAGAGAUUGUGAGACUGGCAGCUGAACAUGGGGUCCAGGUCAUCCAGAAAGUAUCCCAUACUUUGUAUGACACUGAAAGAAUUAUUGUUGAAAACAACGGUAAAGCGCCUCUGACAUACACACGGCUACAGACACUCGUGGCUUCGCUCGGUCCCCCAAAACAACCAGUUCCAGCUCCCAAUCUGGAAGAUAUGAAGGAUUGCUGUACACCUGUUAAAGAGGAUCAUGAUCAGGAAUAUGGCAUCCCUUCUUAUGAGGAACUUGGGCAAGACCCCAAAACGGCUGGCCCUCACCUUUAUCCAGGAGGAGAAACAGAGGCACUUGCCCGCCUUGACUUACAUAUGAAGAGAACGUCAUGGGUAUGUAACUUUAAGAAGCCUGAAACACACCCCAAUUCCUUGACUCCCAGCACCACAGUGCUCAGCCCCUACGUCAAAUUUGGGUGCCUCUCUGUGCGGAUGUUCUGGUGGAAACUGACCGAAGUCUACCAGGGGAGGAAACACUCGGACCCUCCAGUCUCUUUACAUGGGCAGCUUCUGUGGCGAGAGUUUUUCUACACAGCAGGAGCGGGGAUCCCGAACUUUGACCGAAUGGAGAAUAAUCCAGUUUGUGUGCAAGUGGAUUGGGACAAUAACCAGGAGUACCUGAGAGCAUGGCGUGAGGGUCGGACUGGCUACCCUUUUAUAGAUGCCAUCAUGACGCAGCUGCGCACAGAAGGUUGGAUCCACCAUUUAGCACGGCACGCUGUGGCUUGUUUCCUGACACGGGGAGACCUCUGGAUAUCAUGGGAGGAAGGGCAAAAGGUCUUUGAAGAACUGUUGCUGGAUGCGGAUUGGUCCUUGAAUGCUGCAAAUUGGCAGUGGCUUUCGGCAAGUGCCUUUUUCCACCAGUUCUUCCGGGUCUACUCACCAGUCGCCUUUGGCAAAAAGACUGACAAAAACGGAGAGUAUAUAAAGAAGUACCUCCCCUUCUUGCGGAAGUUCCCCAGUGAUUAUAUAUAUGAGCCGUGGAAAGCACCACGGAGCCUGCAGGAACGUGCUGGCUGCAUCAUCGGCCAAGACUACCCCAAACCCAUUGUUGAGCAUGAAAAAGUCUACAAGAGGAAUCUGGAACGGAUGAAAGCAGCAUAUGCACGACGGUCACCAAAUCUGGCUGUCCAAGCGAAGGAUGAAGUCCGCCAGAAGAAAGGUGUCAACCGGAAGCGGCCUGAAGCUCCCAUUAAAGCCAAGGUUCAGGCAAAGAAAGUGAAAACAAAAAGCAGUUGAAAGCAGAGUAUUUUGCAGCAGGUGAUUUAAACAUGAUCAACAGCUACAGCAAAUACAUAAUAAAGUUGCAAUUAAGUUGAAUAUUUCUAUGUCAGCAUUCCUGCCUGUAGCAAUCUUUCUGGCAACUGGGCCCAACAAUUAAACAGUUUUGACAUGA